CGGAGAAGGGCGAUCUGGUGGGUGCAAUUUUUGAGCAGUUUUUCUGCGCCGCAACCGAGAAAAGACAAGAGGUGGGCUUGGGGGAUCGCUCCCUAUCUGAACAUCCAAGGCAAGCGGGAAGCGCUUUGCAAACCACCCGGGAGAACUUUGAGCUGGGGGGGGGGGGAGCGAAACAUCGUAGCUUCGGAUUCCUUGUCGCUCCUCUCUUUUUGCGAGACUCAUCUUCCAUAGCUGCCAAGUUUUCCCCUUUCUCGCGGGGAAGCCUAUUCAGCAUAAGGAAAAAUCCCUUUAAAAAAGGGAUAACUUGGCAGCUAUGAUCUUCUCUUGCAUGAUGGCCCCAGGGCAGGUCCACAUGGCGGCUCCUAUUUGCCUAAUUGAGAACAAUCCAGACGGGAAGCUUGUGGUGAACCAGGAGGCUGCAGAGGUGCUUGCCGGGAUCCGCCAGCCGGUGGUGGUGGUGGCCAUUGCGGGGUUGUACCGCACGGGCAAGUCCUACCUCAUGAACAGGCUUGCGGGCAAGAGAAAAGGUUUCUGUCUGGGUACCACAGUGCAGGCGCUCACCAAGGGCAUCUGGAUGUGGUGUCUCCCACAUCCCUACAGGUCAGACCUCUCACUGGUGUUACUGGAUACAGAAGGGUUGGGUGAUGUGCAGAAGGGAAACACACAGAACGACUCGUGGAUCUUUGCCCUGGCCAUUCUGCUCAGCAGCACCCUGGUGUACAACAGCAUGGGCACCAUUGACCAAAAUGCCCUGGAGAACCUGCACUAUGUCACUGAGCUGACAAAAAAGAUUAAAGCAAAAGCUUCCUCCGGGGAAGAUACAGAGGAGGAGAACUCUGCUGAAUUUGUCCGCUUCUUCCCAGACUUCAUCUGGGCAGUGCGGGAUUUCACACUACAGCUGGAGAUAGAUGGACAGCCCAUCACUGAGGACGGGUACCUGGAGAAUGCCUUGAGAUUGCGGAAAGGUGACACUGAGCAAAUCCAGAAGUUCAAUGUGCCCAAGUCAUGUAUCCGCAAAUUCUUUCCAUCACGGAAAUGUUUCACGUUUGACCGCCCAGCUAACAAGAAGAAUUUGCAUCAGCUAGAGCAUCUGGAAGAAGAUGAUUUGGAGGAGGAUUUCUUGGAACCGGUGGGUCGUUUCUGCCAACACAUCUGGGAGACAUCUCGACCCAAGACAGUCCCGGGAGGCCAAGUUGUGACAGGGAGAAUGCUUGAGAAGUUAUUGAAGAUCUACGUCGAUGCUAUCAACAGUGGGGAUGUGCCGUGCUUGGAGAACGCAGUGCUGGCCCUGUCUGAGAUUGAGAACGCAGCUGCUGUGCACGAGGCCGUUUCCUGUUACGAAGAGCUGGUGGGGAAGCAGUUGGCGUUGCCCACAGACACUGUAGAUGAGCUGCUGGCUGUGCAUGCCGAGUGCGAGAAGGCAGCCAAUGCUGUCUUCAUGGCCCGUGCCUUUGGCAUCAUGCACGUUAAAAAAUUCCAGGAGGAUCUUGAGCUUCAGCUGAAGCAGAAAAAGGAAGAAUUAUGCCAGAGAAACGAACAGGUGUCCUUUGACCGCUGCAACAAUGUGCUGGUGGAGCUUUACCGGAAGCUGGAAGCUGGAGUCCACAUGGGAAUUUAUUCUGCUCCCGGUGGCUACCAGCGUUAUCUGGAGAACUGGAACGAAAUGGUGGAGGAAUACCGUUCGGUACCCCGGAAAGGAAUUCAGGCAGACUGUGCUCUUGAAGAAUUCCAGAAAUCCAAGGAGACCGUGGCAAAAUCUCUCCUUCAAAUGGACUGUGCCUUGACUGCCCAAGAGAAGGAACUUGAAGCCCAGCGUGCUCAGGCCGAAGCAGUCCAGCUGCAGCAGAACCUGUUGGAGCAAAAGCAGGCGCAGUUGAAGCAAAUGAUGGAGGAUGAGAAGCGAAGCCACGAUGAACAGCUCCAGCUGUUGAGGGAGAAGAUGGAGAAAGAGAAGAAGAUGUUGGAAGAGGAAACAGAAAGGAUGAUACAGCAUAAACUCAAGGAACAUGAGUUGCUGCUGAAAGAAGGAUUUCAGAGGAAGGCAAGGGAGAUGGAGAGUGAAAUCCAACGUCUCAAGGAAGAAAAGAAAAGCUUUCCCUGGGAACAGGUGUUGUCUCUAGUGGGAGAUUUGAUCCCAGCUAUGUUAUCUUUGGCGCAUCUUGCAACAGUUUCUGGAGCUGGGAGCACACCAAAGAGAUCGAAUAAAUAGUUCCAGCAUGGGGGUGGGGUGGGAUUAAUGCAGGUCGCAAGGUUGCAUUUGAAUGUAUUGUUAGAUGCAUCUGCACUAGUGACGCCUUUUUCAUUUUUCCCCCUCAAAAAUUAUUUCCUGUAGCACAAAUGGAUGAACUUUUGCCUAUUAAUGACUAAAAUGAGGUAUAUUCCAUUGAAAUAUUUAAAAAGGUUACGCACAAACCAUUUUUAAUUUUUUUGUAUGCCGUUUUACCAUUUCAUAAAAUUGUAUUAACAAUUCUAUAUAUAUUUCAUAUCAAAUUGGGACACAACACCACAUUCCACAAUGGGGAGUGUUCUUAGCAACAUAGGGUAUACAAAUGUCACACCUGCGCAAGGUAAAAGCCCCUUUUGGGGACCUCAAAACUCAGCCAGCAGACCCUGCCGGACAUGCUCGGAAAAGAAGCUACAGGAGAGGUAGCAAAACAUCGUCCUCUAGCGGCGUCUAUACUGUUACUGCAGCUAAAAAAAGCUUCAUUGUGUGUUUGAUGACCCUAUAUAAUGUUGUAUAUAUGUGACUCUAAAGCUUGGGUUCAAUUUUAUAUCUGCUUGCAGUGACUUCAAAAAUGGUCAAAAGACGGAUAAAUAAAAUUUUUUAAAUCAUUUUGU